AUGUGCAUAAAUCAUUUUUUUUUUUGAAAGUUCCUGCAAAUGGCAACACUGGCCAACGGUUGUUUGAUAGAAGAGGAAGAACAAAAACGAGAAAGUCUUCUGCUUGUUAUUACUUUAUAAUUUGUUUGGGAAAUCAAUUAUUAAUUGGGUAUUUCAUUAUAAAUUGUCAUUGGAGCAGUAAAAACCAAGAAAAAUAAUUGUUUGGGGCUGGAGCGUUGAAAUUCACUACAUACAUUUAAGGAUUACUGAGUGUAUGAGGAAAUGUAUAUUAAAUCUGUUAUAAUUGAUGGCUUCAAGUCCUAUGGACGACGUACAGAAAUUCAUGGCUUUGAUAGUGAAUUUACCGCGAUCACCGGAUUGAAUGGCACCGGCAAAUCAAAUAUACUCGAUUCAAUAUGCUUCGUACUUGGUAUUAUGAAUUUGGGUCAGGUGCGUGCCGCUUCGCUACAAGAUCUCGUCUAUAAAAGUGGACAGGCGGGUGUUACAAAGGCUACCGUUACAUUAAUUUUCGAUAACUCGGAUCCAAAUCAAUGUCCAUUGGGUUAUGAAAAAUGUCGUGAAAUCUCAGUUACACGACAAAUUGUUGUUGGCGGCAAAAAUAAGUAUCUAAUCAAUGGCAAGCUAGUACAGAAUAAGAAAGUGUCAGAUUUCUUUUGCUCUGUACAAUUAAAUGUGAAUAAUCCUAAUUUUUUGAUUAUGCAAGGUCGUAUUACUAAAGUAUUGAACAUGAAACCACAAGAAAUAUUAUCAAUGAUCGAGGAGGCUGCUGGCACUAGUAUGUAUGAGACAAAACGAGAAGCGACUACCAAACUUAUUGAGAAAAAGGACGCUAAAGUGCGCGAAACAAAUACACUGCUGCAAGAGGAAGUUGAACCCAAAUUGGAAAAGUUGCGACAGGAACGUUCAGCUUAUUUGGAGUUUCAAAAAAUUUGCCGUGAUAUUGAAUACCUAACGCGCAUACACAUAUCAUUUCGCUAUCUUAAACAGAAAGAGGCUUUACGCUCUAUUGAAACACAAAUAGAAAAGUUAACGAAUCGUAUUGAAACAUGUAAAAAUACAAUAAAAGAUAAUAAUAGUGAGAUGGAUAGUAUUGAUGAAUCAGCCAAAAAAGUGCAAGAACAAAUUGAUAACGGUAGUGGUGGUGCACUAAAAGAAGUUGAAGAACAGCUAACACAACAAGUAGUGGAGGAAGGUAAGAUGGCGGGUAGUUUGAAAUCGGUGCAAACCGGCAUCGAUCAGGAACAAAAGAAGCUACGUACUUUGGAGAAAAAUAUCACUGAAGAUGAGAAAGCACUAAAGCUAAAAGAGGCACAAAUGUCUAAGGUACACGAUCUCUUUCAAAGUCUCAAAGAGGCAGAUGAGCGUGACGCCCAAGCGUAUGAUGCGGCACAGAGAAAAUUCGAAGCUGUUACACAGGGUCUAUCUGUAGAUGAGGAAGGUCAAUCUUGCUCGCUGCAAGAUCAAUUGAUUACUGCAAAACAACAACUCAGUCAAGCUGAGACUACGCUGAAAACCUCCAGCAUGGAAUUAACACAUUGUCGUAAUGUUUUAAAGCAACGUGAAAACGACAAACACUCCAAGGACACAAUAUAUGCCAAGGAUCAACAACUCUGUGAACAGCUCGAACGAGAAAUCAAAGGUUUGGAACAGAAAAUGUCAUCUAUUGACUAUGAAGAUGGCAGUUAUGAGGCACUGCAAGAGCGUAAACAGGUGCUACAGCAUGAAAUACGCGAUUUAAAUCAACAAUUGGAUCGGCGCAAUGCCUACCGUUAUGAGCUACAAUAUCGGGAUCCCGAACCGAAUUUCGAUCGCUCAAAAAUGCGUGGCAUGGUAGGCAAACUAUUUAAUGUACGCGAUGAAAAGAAUAAUCUUGCUCUAAUGAUGACGGCUGGUGGUAGCUUAUACAGCUAUGUGGCCGAUGAUGAUAUGACCAGUAAAAAAAUAUUACAAAAAGGUCAACUACAACAUCGUGUAACAAUUAUACCAAUCAAUAAAAUCACCUCACAUCCUAUUGAUCAGAGUGUAAUUGAUUUCGCGCAAAGCUUGGUGGGCAAAGAAAAUGUACAAUCUGCCUUAUCACUAAUCGAAUACGAUCGUUAUUUCGAUCCCGUUAUGAAAUUUGUAUUUGGACACACAUUGGUUUGUCGUGAUUUGAAUAUUGCUAAGCAGGUUACAUAUCAUCGCAACAUACACUCACGCUCAGUCACACUGGAAGGUGAUGUUGUUGAUCCACAAGGUACACUCUCGGGUGGCUCACGACCUAAAGGCAGCAACGUUUUGGCUGAAUUAGCGGAGAUUAAAAGGUUGGAACGAGAAAUUGCUAUGCGCAAAAAGGAGUUGUAUAAUAUUGAGCAGAAAUUACGUAUUACAACUGAAACAGCACGCAAUUACAAUCGUAUCAAGGAACAGUUGGAACUACGCCAGCACGAGCUGAACGCCUGCAAACAACGCUUGGCACAAAGUACAUUCCAACAACAUCAAGAGGAAAUCAAAUCACUACAACAACAGAUCGAAACACUCGAAGGUGACCUCAACAAAGCGCGAGAGACACAGAAAAAUACGCGGGGUAAAAUUAAGGAUAUCGAGGCUAAGCUAGCCGAUGCUAAGGGCUUCCGUGAGCGUGAAUUAAAGGCAGCCAGUGAAGCAAUGAAACAGGCGAAGAAGAAAUCGGAAGAAUCACGUAACAAUUGGAAAAAACGCGAACAAGAAUUCGAAACGCUGCAAUUGGAAAUAGAGGAAUUGAAGAAGAGUAUUGAGAAGACCACAGAGCAGCGUGAUAAUAUGAAGGAGAAUAUAAAUAAAAUGGAAACGAAUCUCGAAGAGCUACGCGCAAACAGUUCAGGCAUUGCAACGGUUGUGGCAAAUCUAAAACGACGCAUUAAAGAGCAGAAAGAUAAAAUAAAUUCACAGAAUAAAGAAUUAAAGAAUCUGUUAACUAAAAAAGAGAAGUUAACUAAAAACAACCAGGACUUAACAUUGGAAAUCAAGAAAAAGGAGAAUGAGGUGAAUAAAGUGCGUAACGAUAGUAAAGACUCGUUUCGCAAAAUCGAAACACUCGAAGAGAAAUAUCCCUGGAUUUUGGAGGAUCGUGAUUUCUUCGGCACGAAAAACACACGUUACGACUACUCCAAAGAAGACCCCAUCGAAGCGGGCCAAAAGCUCACCGUAAUGCGUGAGCAAAAAGAUAAAAUGGAGCGUCAUAUCAAUCUACGCGCCAUGAUACUCUUAGAUCGCGAAGAGGAACAAUAUCAAGAGACAAUGCGUCGUAAAAAGAUCGUUGAGCAGGAUAAGGAAAAGAUAAAACAUAUAAUAUCCAAAAUGGAUGAGAAGAAACGUGAAAAGGUGGAAAAAGCAUGGAAAGUUGUCGAUGAGAAUUUCAGCAGCAUAUUCAGCACACUUCUACAAGGUGCGCAGGCGCGUCUCAAUCCAGUCAAACAAUCGGGUCAACUCUUCGGUUUGGAGAUCAACGUCGGCUUCAAUGGUGUUUGGAAGGAAUCCCUAAACGAAUUGUCGGGUGGACAACGUUCUUUGGUUGCGCUAUCGCUCGUCUUGGCUAUGCUUAAAUUUUCACCUGCGCCGCUCUACAUUCUAGACGAAGUGGAUGCUGCGCUAGAUAUGUCACAUACACAAAAUAUCGGCAACAUGUUGAAGGCGCACUUCACGGGCUCACAGUUUAUAAUCGUCUCGUUAAAGGACGGUAUGUUUAACAAUGCGAAUGUGCUGUUCCGCACCAAAUUCGAAGAGGGCGUGUCUGCGGUGACACGUACGGUCAAUGCAAAGUUGGCACAACGUGGACGUAGAUAAAUAAAAAAAAAAA